GAGCAAACCACAUUUGAAUCCCGCCUUUGUAUUUCUCGUCUUAUCCUCGUCUUGCUGUGCUCAAACGAUUCCUUAUGUUCUUAUCCUCAAUAGAUGGGCAAUAGUUUGGAGGAAGGACCGUGCAUGCAACACUCUAUGAUGAGAAGAUAUUCAGCAAGAACGAGUUGAAUCCAUCUCAAGAUGAAAUCCCAAGA